AUGACGACGACGGCGUUCGUCGAGGGCCUGUCGAAGGCGUUCGGGCUGAUCGUGCUGAGCGAAAUCGGCGACAAGACGUUCUUCAUCGCGGCGCUCAUGGCGAUGAAACGACGACGCGUCGACGUGUUUCUGGGGGCGUGGAGCGCGCUGUUCGCGAUGACGGCGCUGAGCGCGUGCGCGGGGACGAUGUCGGCGAGAGCGCUGUCGCCGGUGGUGACGAAACGGGCGGCGACGGGGUUGUUUUUUGCAUUCGGCGCGCGAGGCGUUCGGGACGCGUGCGCGCGAGGCGACGACGACGACGACGAGUUGAAAGAAGUCGAGGCCGAACUCGCGGGACGACAGCGAAACGCGAAGAAAAAGGCGACGACGUCGUGGGCGGUGUUCGCGGAGGCGUUCGCGGUGACUUUUUUGGCGGAAUGGGGCGACAGGUCGCAAAUCGCGACGGUGGGACUCGCGGCGCAGAGCGACGUCGCGGGCGUCACCCUGGGAGGAGCGCUCGGGCACGCCGUGUGCACGGGCGUGGCCGUGAUCGGUGGUAGACAACUCGCCGACCGCGCGGCCAACGCCGAGCGCGUCGUCACCGGGAUCGGAGGAUGUUUGUUUUUAUUAUUCGGCGUCCACGCGUUGCUUUCGGGAUGA